GAAAAUCUUUGGAACAGCUUGCCCCUAAAUUCAUAUGGAAAUCUCAGAUAUCAUGAUUUCUUGAAGAAUUUCAACAAUGACAUCCCAGAAACACCCUCACAAGAUCAAUUAUCACAUAAUACAGAACCGACCUCUAAGGCAUCAACCACAAAGAGACAAGCUUCUAUGACCAGACGCCCCAAAACGGCACCAGCCAUUGCUAACAAGCCUACUACUCCUAUACAGAGACCACGUACUGCAGCCCCUCCUUCUACACCAAUCAUAAACUGUGAGCGGGUAGAGAGCAGAUUGAAAAUAAAUCUUAUCAAAUGCUGG